CCCGUUGAUCUUUUUCGUUUUCGCUUGUUGUAACUGACAUACAUUCAUCAUUUCCAUCAUCUCGAAAUCCUGUUGUGUUACUACCUUUAGAUUGUAUUUUCUUAUCCUCCUUUUACCUACCUACUUGCUUAAUCAGUUUAUUGUUCUAAAAUUAUAAUUUUUUACCCUACUAACAUUGUUACCGUCGUUAUCAUUAUUUACUUAUUUUAUUAUAAUAUGACCGUUGGAGAUCUGAUAUCAUACGUCUCGAAACAGUCAAUCUUGUGAUUGUAUCCCGAAUCUUGAUUUUCGAGUUCCACGUGCAAUUUCAACUUCGCUUGAUAAACUACCGAUCUACAUAUCCUCCCUCUUCUCCUACAUCAACUACGAAAGACUUCCCGUCACAUAAAACUCGAAAACAAAACCUUCACACGAGUCAUUGGACCUUCAGAGCGGAAAGGGGCAUCAUUCAAAGAUGUCACAACCAGACUCGCCAAGAAAUUCCAAAGAUGGUCCUGAUGACCAUGUCGAACGAACCACAACAGUCUCGACAGCAACCGAACAAAAAGAUUCUCUAAGCCAACGAGUACCAAUGCAACCGAAUCAGGCGCAAGAAGGUGUUGGAGCUGCGCUCGCUUCGAACGUGGCGGCUCUCGACAUCCGGGCACACGAAUAUGCGAACGGAUACCACUUCCCGCCGAAAUACCCCAUAAAGGAGCAAAUACGUAUGGGUCUAGUUUCGUUCUGGGAAUUCUACAACACUGGAUUCGGAUUCUUCCUCACCAUCUACUCGCUCAAUGUCGUAGCAUGGGGUGGUAUGCUCUUCCUUCUGCUGUGUAAUGCGGCACCCGAGAUGUGUUGGGUUAACGGCACGUACGAUUGCAACCAUAUCGACUCCCCGCGCCGAAUAUGGAUCGAGACGGACUCACAAAUAUUAAACGGACUUUUCUGCGUGACUGGUUUUGGUCUGGCACCGUGGCGCUUCCGCGAUUUGUAUUUUCUGUUGCGCUAUCGUCUCGGCGGCGACCGAAAGGCUUUACGGCAAAUCGCGGGUGUUCAUCGCGGCUGGUUCCGUCUCGCGGGUUCCGAUCAACUGCCUCUCCACCUUGGUCCGAAAUGUAUCGAUGAGACUACGACAAACUACAACGUCGAUAGCGUUCCAUACCCCCUAGAAACGAUAUCAGACCCUCCACCAACAGGCAUUCGGGCGCCUCCGACGAAACUCUGGAAGUUGGAUUUUAUUGUCUACUUUAACGUCGCUAACACAUUCCUACAAUGUGUGCUUUCCGGAUUUAUGUGGGCCUUGAAUCGAUACGACCGACCUAGCUGGUCGACCGGUCUGUUUGUCUGUCUCGCGUGUAUUGUUGCCGCCAUCGCUGGUAUUGUGAUGGGUAUAGAAGGCAAACAUGUCAAGGCCAUUGAGGGCGUACCCCUUACCAAGACAGACAUACAACGCUUAGCACGAGACAAGGAACUCGGAAUCCCUCAUUAUAAUAAUAUUAAGGAUAAGGAUCCUGAGGCGGAAAAGGAAAAGACAAGGAAGAAGAAGGAGAAGAAAUCGUUUAGAAAGUCCGAAAAGUCUAGUCUAGGGACAGACAAUGAGAGGCAGGCAAUUUUGUGAUUUUGAUCAGUUAUGGCGUUGGUGGCAGAUCUGUAUAGACAUCCAUAUUGUUUUUAUCAGCAUGUAAAUCUUUUCGAACAGCACAUAUCGCUAUGCCUUCAUUAAAGGCAAAAUGAAUAUACCCCAAAAGAACAGUAUUAUCAUUCAUUACUAU